UCCGGUGGGCGGGGGUCGUGCGUGGCCGCAGGGCAAGUAGUCUGUCCCAGAGAGAGAAAUGGUGGGCGGGAAGAAACAAACUGAAAGCUGUGCUGUGGGUUGUUAAUGGAAGUGGAGGAGACAAGCAACUUGAGUGAGGGUUCUUUGGCUGGCCUCACUGCCAGGGACAUUCCUAUCCACUCCACCAGCUUCCACAUGAAAAAGAAAUCCUCCGACAGCCAGAUCACAUCUGCUGACAGCAAGCUUACUGCUUGCACGAAGAAGAAGGUUUGCAUUUCAGUGAAGAAACUUCGGGAAGUGGCUCCACCACAUCACCCAGAAUGUUCUGGGCCGAUACAUGAUAAUGCAGUUUAUAUUCCUCCAGCUUUGUUGGCAAACAGACCCACAUCUCAGAAGCCAACAGCAGGAAGUCCUGAAGAAGUAGCAGAAGGUGCCUUAAGCAAGAGUACUGGCAGACAUUCUGAACAGCUGUUGUCACCUGAAAAAGAUGGGCAGCCCUCACAGCCGUCUCCAGAGGCUGCCACCCUUGACUUUGCAGUACCCGUCCCUUCGCACCUGAAAGGGGAUGCAGGUAAAGAAAAAGCAGCUGACAUUUUCAUCUCCCAGUUUGAUCCUGGACAGAAGGAUGCUGUCCGAGCUGUAUUCAAACAGCGAAUUCAAAGUGUUCCUGUAUUUAAGGAGGUGAAGGUUCAGCUUCUGGAUAAUGUGCAGCCAGAUAAAAAGGAUAGCACCAAAUCAGCCCUUAGUGAGAUGGAUUCGGCUGCGACCAUCGCGGCUGCAACAGCGGCAGCCAUUGCUUCUACUGCCCCACUUCUCAAAGUCCAGAAUGAGUUGGAAGCAAAAGUGAGUUCUGUGUCUGAAAUCCUGAGCAAGUUACAGGAGACAGACAAGCAUUUGCAGCGUGUUGCUGAGCAGCAAGCCAACAUGAAGGCUCAGCAGCUGGAGCAGCUCCCUUGCCAUCAGAGAGUCGGCGAGCUUGAGAAGCAGGUGAAUCUGUUCAUGGGACCGCGAAUUCAGCAUCUGGAAAACCUGCAGCAGCGGCAAAUGGAUAUUCAGUCCCAUUUAAUUAACUCCGCACUCAACUCGGGUCAGUUCCGAGCUCUCAGUGCAGCACCUUCCGAAGAAAUGGCAGUUCAUGAUCGGAAGGGAGGGAACUUGCUUGCCCGCCAGCCUUCCUCUCUUCAGCAGCAUCCGUUUUCUUCUACAGCAGCACAUGCUCCGGUCUUUUCUCAGCACUCUGGAAACCAUGUUCAUAGACAAAAGUCCCCCCUGCGAACGCCCACACCGCGUAGAUAUGCGCCUGUGCCCGUUUCUAAAGAUGCUAAAAUGUCACAGAAAAUGUCAGGGAGGGAGCAACCUAUUGGAGAAAAAGAAAAUGUGCACCAGUCUUCUUGUGGAGGAACUGCAGGUGGAGGGAAACUUCUAGAGCAAAUCCUGAAUUCGCAGGAAACCCCAUUAAGUCAGACAACAUCUUGGAAGAAGCCAGCGGACAAACGUGUGAUGCCGUGGUAUUUUGAAAGAGAGCGACCCAGUGUUUUGCAGAAAGAGCCAUUUAAAAGCACAAAUCCAUAUAUCAAUCCAAUUGAGAAAACAGUUAAGAAAGCAGACGAUGUCCUCCAUGAACUCGGGCAACUGAAGAGAGAAAUGCAUAAUAUCCUGCAGGAUGCAAAGGAAUGGAAAUCAGACACACAUAAUUUCAUAAAGACUACCUCACACUUAAGAGAAGCCGUCCGAGGGAAGGACCGUGUAGUUCCAGAACAGGCCGCCUGCUCGUUGCAGUCGUCAUCAGAGGCUCUUCACCAGGUGCUCCCACUGACUCAGCAAAAAGAUCCCAUUGCCCCAAAUUUGACGGAACUUCAGCAGAUUUCUAAGUCAUCCAUUCUCCAGUCAACCAAGGCAUCAAAAUCCAUACUGAGAGAUGCCGAAAAGAUCCUGAGAACAGUACGCAAGAACAAGAAGCUCCUUGAAGAAAACCUUGAAGCCAUAAUUCGUGCCAAGGAUGGCAAUGCCUUGCAUUCCUUCAUAGAUGAGCUGACAGCAGACAGAGAUGUCCUGGAGGAGAUAAGGAUCAGAAAGACUGUAGACGAAUGGAUUAAAGCCAUCAGCAAGGAAAUCCAGGAUGAAAUGGCAAAGAACGACUGCCUCAAGACACAGCAGGCCAUCAGGACUGUGAAGGGCAGCAGGGAAAUGAAUGCAAAAUCUCGAUCUGCUCCGGGAAUCCCUGCUAAGAAGCCUUUUCCUGUGGCAAGGCCCUCUCAAAAGCUAGCAGAUAAGGGGCCCUUGAGACCAAGGAUGGGGUUACAGAAUGAAGACACCCUUUCUCAGGUUUAUGGUCGGCCUGUUUAUCAGGGUCGCAGGAGUACACUUAAGAAGUCUCCAUAUCUCAGGUUCAACUCCCCACCUCCCAAAUCAAAACCUCCAAGACCUAAACUGAUAGAGAGCGUUAGAGGCACAAAAGUAAAAUCGGCAAAGACACAAACCAACCCCUGUCCGCCCGGCAGAGCCACUCACCCGACAAGACCCUGCCUAGGAUCUGCGUCUCAUCAAGAGCUGCACUACCUCUUCAGCCCUACGAAGGAGAGGCACACGGACUCUGGACCUCUGGAAGGCCACCUCAUCCCCAUGGCCAUUCCCUUAGGUCAAAAACAGAUCGACAGUGUCUCUCCUCAGCCUGCAGGAGCAAAUAUAGGUGAAUUCCAUCCUGUUACCGUGGCAGCUUCUGUUCCUCCUCUCCCAAAGCCCCAAUCCAGGGUGAAGAAGCCAAAUGCUGCAGUCAUAGAGAUGAAAUCGGAGAAAAGGGACCCUCCAAAGCUGACUGUGCAGGUGUUGCCCAACGUUGACAUUGACAGCAUUUCAAGCUGCAGCACAAGUGUAAGCCAGAUUCCUGCACCAUCUCUUCCUGCAAAGACCUCUUCAGAAAGCCGCCACCUCCCAGAUGAAGAACUGAAGCUUCCUGGUGCUGACUUAGUCGAUGUUAUUGAUGUCAGUCAGGAAGAAGGAGGUGAUGGAAGCGAUGGAGCGCCAGACUUCCCAGAGCCAGUCCUAGAGUUCAGCAGACGAGGAGAAGCAGAGUCUCCCAAAUAUAACGGCCCUCCAUUUCCGCCAGCAGCUCCUGCUCCUCAAGUCUCAGCAGACAUCCUGGAUGAGAUUAUAGAGAAGCGAGAGACUCUGGAGAACAAACUGGUUGGUUGGGUGGAGCAAGAGGUAAUGGCGCGAAUCAUCAGUGGGAUGUAUCCAGCCCAGAAAGAGGCAGUGCCCAACGCGAGCUCCUCGGAGAGUGAGGAGAGCCAGGCUGUGUCAUCAGACAUUGUUGAAGUGGCAGGUACUGCAGGGCUCCAGUUGUUUGUCGAUGCCGGUGUUCCCGUGGAUUCAGAAAUCAUCAGACGUUUUGUGAAUGAGGCGCUCGCCGAGACCGUUGCCGUCAUGCUGGGUGACAGAGAAGACCCCAGAGCAGCCCCUGCUGCAGUUGCUCCUUCCACAGGGCCACCCUUGCUAGAAAAGGAAACUAUAUUAUCUACUCCCCUGGUCACACCUGAAACUACUCCACCUCACUCACCGCCAUGUCUGCAAGAACCGCUUCUAGUAAAAACCCCCGAGUCCUCCGGUGCAGAAACAGAUGGAGAUGCUGGUAAAUGGCAGUUCACAAUAGCAGCAGGAUCAGGGGCAGCAGCUCCUAACCCGAUGGACACGCCUGUGGCUACCCCUGUAGCAACACCACCCAGAGUAGCUACACCAAGCCCACCGGUAUCUGAGCAUCUCCCAGACAGAGGUGUGCUAGAAGGACGGAUACCUCCAAAUGCCUGGGGAGACACAGAGCUUCCUCUGGAAGAGGAAAAGCCCAGCCCGCCGAAUGAGGAAGGAGGUUAUCACCCCAGAGCAGUCAUAAUGUCUGUGGCUCAGCAUGAAGAACCUGACAGCUUGGUUUUGCCAGCCUCUCUGGAGCCUCCCAGGCCCCAGGAUUCGCAGCCAUUGGAACCCAGGGCUCCCUCUCCUUCUGUACGGACACCUAGUUCUGGCCCCUCAACAGAGGGAAGCAGCCCGACAGUCACGGAGACCGAGACAGAGACUGUCGACAGGGCAAUCUCGGAAGGAGAAGUUCUGUGCAGUUACGGACAAGUGCUGGCUGCAGGAGCUUUAGCAGCAGAGGGAUUCCCUUUUCCAAACCUCAACGACAGUUUGACCAGCACUCUUUUCGAUGCCCAUGAGAUGGAUUAUGAUCCUCCUAGUGAAGGGCAGGUGUUGCGGCAACCCUGGAGAGGAAGCCACAAGGAUCCAGUCCUCUCCUUCUUUGCAAAGCUAAACCAAGCACCGCUCGUUCCACAAGAACACAUCUAUCAGGCAGAGAACACCGAUGAGGGCAGUGCUGGGGAGCUGAGUCAGGGGCAGAGGCCAAGGCUGACCAAAGCGGCAGAAGGCAUUCUCCUGGGGCGUUCUCUUUACGUCGACCAGCCUGCUAGCCAAGCCUCAAAACCAUCAGCCCUGCUUGUGCUAUCACCAGGACAGUGUGGCAGAGUCUCAGGAGAAGUUCUUGGAGAGGCUGACGUGACACAUGGGCCAAUGAGCAUGGCUGAACUGGAUCGGCCUGUUUCUCCCUCAGCAUAUGGAGAUAGUGGGCUGGUGCCUCAUUUUGACCAACUGUCCCAGAAACUGCAGCUGGCGGCCUUGCAAGCAGUACCAGCGAGAUCCAGUGUCAUCUGCGUGAAACCCAGAUCUGAGGGCUCCCUCCAGCCAGAUCAGCCUGCCAGAGAGGAGGGCGAUCGACCGGGUUCCCAAGUUGUUCGAGUUGGACCUCAUGGACAGACUGUCCAGAUAACACCGAAUGCCACCACGGUUGAUCUCCAGGGAGACAUGGAUCGGACUCAGGUGGAGCCCAGCGUGUACCUCGCAUCGUUAGUUUCAGGAAGGGAAACCCCAGCCCAGCCACAAGCCCUACCUGGCCCAGCAAAAAUGGCCGUGAAGGUGCCGUCGGCCAGCAUGGAGGACCAGAGCUUCAGCUCCAUCCACGGGAGUUCAGACUCUUCUGGUGCAGACACAUUUUGAAGGGUGGGGGUGCAGGAAGACACCAACCACACAUCAAAUCAUUGCAUCUGCUUGCUUUUCACAAUCACAACCUCUUUCUGUGUGUGUGUUUUCCCUGUGAAUAUGAACUAUUUUUUAACAAAUUAAAUAUUUUCAUUUUAACA